AUGCGUGCGCUGCUCGUGCUCGCGUGGCUGGCGAUGGCGUUGGCCGAGCGGCCGGUGGUGCGGUUCGAGGACGGGGAGCUGCGUGGAUUCACCCUUCACUCUUUCGAUGGACGCCAGUACGCCGCCUUCAAAGGUAUCCCGUAUGCGCGGCCGCCGGUGGGCGACCUGCGCCUCCGACCGCCGCGCGCCCACCCCGGCUGGUCGGGGGUGCGCGACGCCGCCCGGCACGGCUCCACCUGCCUGCAGUACAACAUGAUGCGUAACUUCACCAUGGAGGGCCAGGAGGAUUGCCUGUUCGUCAACGUGUACUCGCCCCGGCUGCCAGCCGGUGACGGUGAGCCCCGUCUGCCCGUCAUGGUGUGGAUCCACGGCGGAGGCUUCGUCAGCGGCUCUGGCGACGCCGAUAUCUUCGGCGCUGACUUCCUGAUGGACGAGGACGUCGUGGUCGUCACUCUUAACUACCGACUCAACGUGUUCGGCUUCUUCACCACGGAUGACGCGGAGGCACCGGGCAACAUCGGCCUGCUGGACCAGGUGCUGGCGCUGCAUUGGGUGCGCAGCAACAUCGCCCGCUUCGGCGGCGACCCGCAGCUGGUGACGUUAUUCGGCGAGUCGGCUGGCGGCGCCAGCGUCUCGCUGCAGGUGAUCAGCCCGCUAUCCGCCGGCCUCUUCCACCGGGCCGUCAGCCAGUCGGGCAGCGCUUCGAGCUGCUGGGCACUAGGCGGACAGCAGCGCCUUCUGGCGCUACACCUCGCUGCUGAGCUCGGCUGUCCGUCUGAAGAGAGCCGGGCCGUGCUGGAGUGCGUGCGUCGCGCACCGGCGGCCGACAUCAUGCGCGUGCUGGGCGCGCUAGCCUCAUCGACAAGCGACCUGCCAAAAAGGUUUCACCCCCGCGUGGACGGUGACGCCGCGUCGCCCUUCCUGCCGGCGGAGCCGAACGUGCUGCUCCAGCGCGGCCAGUUCAGCCACGUGCCCUGGAUGAUGGGCUGCAACCAGGACGAAGGCUUGUUUCUCCUCACCAUCGCGCGCGCUCGCGAGGAGGCGUUCCGGCGGGCUCAGGCCGGUGAUCUAGAGGCGUGGGUGUCAGAGGAGCUCAUGGGUGGCGGCGGCAUUUCCGGCAAGAUGGAAAAGCCGCUCGAUGUGGCCGCUAAGAUCAGGGACUUCUUUGGGAGCCGCGGUGACGCCGCUGUCGUAGAUCUACUCAGCGACCGCUUUUUCAUUCUAGCCCUAUCGGCCGAAGCCGACCUGGCUUCGCAGCACGUGCCCGUCUACAAGUACGUGCUGGACCACGUGGGGGCCGGCCAGCUGCGCUUUUCCGACCUGCUACAGGUCCCGGCGCCGUCCGCGUCCAACGUGACGCACGGUGACGACCUGGCCUACCUGUUCCACGGCGACCAGCAGCCGCUGCCGGAGCGUGGCUCCCUGUGGACGAGCUUCGCGCGGCGCGGCUACCCCGCCACGGACGUGCUGGACGCGCCCGCCUGGCCGAUCUUCACGGCGCAGAGCCAGCGCCACCUGCGGCUGAACGCGGCGCCGUCGCUGGGGGCCCGCGCCUUCGAGGAGCGCGUCCGCUUCUGGAGGAGCCUGCCGCUGGCCGAGCCAUGGAACGCGCACGAGCGAUCGUCGAUUCGGCCGCGCGACGAGCUCUGA